GCCAAUUUAAACGGCAGAAACGUCCGUGCCACCAUUUCCGAAAUGGAAAAAAAUCGACGAACCUCUCCCCUUUCCCCCAUGAUAAACUAAUUGAAAAAUCACAGCUGACGAUGAUUAAUAAUUUCGGUGAUCUGUUAACUUCAUGAAAACAACACAGAAUUCGUGCGCGCCGCGCUUCUAACUACUAAACUCAGUUUCCAAGAUGGCUGACACUUGUUGGUUAUUCAUUUUAUAAAUCCUCCUAAUACGAGCGAAGAUAGUGCCUUAGGAACGUCGCGUAUUAAUCAAAUUUACGUCGAAACUGUGCCGAAACGUCGACCCUACGAUUUUUCCGUAAAAUUUUCAUUCAGCAACCUCCGCGAGUGACUAAAAAUUGAAGUUAUGUGUGGUUUCAUGGACACUUUAUUUAUUGUUUAUGUGUGCAGUUUUGUGCAUGCUGGUGGAUAAGAUGAAUAAUAUACCGACACAUUUGACUGACAGAAACUCAUCUAGUCUAAACGGAACUGGCGCGAGGCGGCCGUCUCCCAUACCCAUCCCUUUGCAGACGGGGGCGAAGGUUGGGGUGACCGGCCGCCCAGUAUCUCUAAUGGAUUCGACCACCGCCGUACAGGCCCAUAUCGUGCAGGUCAUUAUAAAUAAGGACGAGAACGGUUACGGCAUGAAGGUUUCUGGAGACAAUCCCGUUUACGUUCAAAGCGUUCGAGAAGGUGGUGCUGCAGAAAAAGCUGGCUUGCAUGCGGGCGACAAAAUUAUAAAGGUGAAUGGCGUUAACGUAAUGAAUUCCACCCACACCGAAGUUGUGACUCUUAUAAAAUCUUCGGGCCACGUAACACUGACAGUUCAACAAAGAUCGGGGGUCCUCAGAACCAUGGGGUCCCCCAGUCUUCACACCCGUCCGCUCACGACGCACUCGUCGCAACGGAUCACGGGCCCUCAACCAGUUACCUACGAGAAGCAAUACCAACUGCAGCUGGAGCGCGAACAGCAAAUUCGGCUGAUGAUCGAAAAGGAGCAGCGCUUCAUCGAUCAGUUGCGUAGCGAAAUUGCGGUCUCGCCGAACGACAAGAAGAGCGAGAAGUUAGUUAAGGCGGAAAGUAACCUCCAGAAGCUGCACACGAUACUUCAAAAUCACGUUCGAACGCAGAACGAGCAACGCCUCGAUAAUUUAGAUACACCUCCCCCACUACCGAAAAGUCCACCUCCCAACGUCUCCCAUACCUUACCUCCGAAACUUAGUAAGAAACAUUCGCAAAGACUGGCACAGGUGCCUUCUUCACACGGCUUUAUUUUAGAUAACGAAGUGCCUCCUCCCUUACCGAAACGAAAUCGUUCACUCGACGCACAAAAUAACGCUAAGCCUUUGUAUAUCAAUGGAAAGGUGCCUUUAGAUAUAAACGCCAUGUUUCUUUUUCGCGAAGUACCAUCCGAAAACAAUAACGCGGAGCCGUCUCCAAAUUCCGAACUGAUGAUCACUAACUCCCUAUAUUCCGACACGUCCUCCCUUCCGCCGCCACUUCCGCCUCGUCUAUCCAACACUGGAUGUAGUGAUCCCGACGCUGUUAAUUCAAUAAACAAGCAAAUGUCGUACCCACUUGUGGCGACUUGCACAACUCUAGUUAACAACUAU